CCCCUGUAGUCAAAUGGCGUUGUGUCUGGUGAUGUAAGCCGAGCCGCGCUACUCGUCAGCUCUGUACAAGUUACUGACCGCCGGCCCUGCUUGGGGCUCCGGAGCUCUUCUCGUAGCGGGCUACCGUUUGUUCCCACUGCCGUAAUGGACUUUUUGCUUGGAUCGCUUUGAACGCCCGCCCAGUCCGUACUUCACGCAAGCGCAUCACCCGACCCGCCUUUGGACAUCUCGGUCACCCGAUUACCGGCGACAGUAACUGAAUGCCCACGCAAAUGAGGGUCCUUCUGAGUCUGAGCCUCUUGUUUUUUGAGAAUGUGAUCUUAAAAUCUGGCAUCCAAGCCAACCUUGCAGUGACCACGACUGGCCCUUCAACUAAAGGGAUUCCUGUCAUCAGUGAGACUCCUGGCCUGGAAUUCUUCGUUGUAAAUCAAAGCACCUCGUGGGCGAAAGCGCAGAACUACUGCCGGACGCACUUCACUGACCUGGCCGUCCUGAAAGGUGAAGACACGCUGAAGAACGUCUCGUCUGCCUUGUCCCGUCUCAAUGUCCCGAGAGUCUGGUUUGGGCUGACCCGCCAUAAUCUCACAUGUUGGACCUGGGUGGACGGGACGCCCUUGGAGGAGGCCAACUGGAUGCCAGGAGAGCCCAAUAACUUCAAUCAGUGCGAGGAGUGUGCGGAGAUGAUAGGCGGCAAAUGGAAUGACGAUUCCUGCGGCGGGUCACUGAUGUUCCUGUGCUACCGAGAUAACACAAGCCCAACAGUAAAACCCCCAGAGACGCCAGCUGUGCCACCCUCUCCACCCCUUCCAGCUACAGAUGUUGUCCAGGUGCCCGUCGUCAAUUCCUCCGACUCGUUUUUCGUCGUGAAGAAGCCCCUCACUUGGAGCGCAGCCCAGACCUACUGCCGGAGUUUCUACACCGACUUGGCCACCGUGGCGUUUGUCUCCCCACAGGACGUCCUGCAGAGCCUCCCAGAGAGCGACAGCACGUACGGCUACAUGUGGAUCGGGCUCAACUACCAGUGGAGGUCCAUGUGGAUGUGGACGGACUGGUCGGUCAUGACGCACUCGUACUGGACUCCUGGAGACCCCAACAACAUCGAUUUUAUCCCCUGUGUGGCGAUGACAACGACCGGCUGGAUCGACUCAAACUGCUUGAACUCUUACCCCUUCAUGUGCUACAAAGCAAGUAACCUCACCGGCUGUAACAAAUGGAAACCACCUAACAGUCAAACUCCCCAAAAAGUGACAGUCCCACCUUCCUCUUCAUCUUCUUCUUCUUUUUUGUCAUCUUCUAGUCCACCUGCUCCAGUUGGCACAGAUAACACAAGCCCAACAGUAAAGCCGCCGGAGACGCCAGCUGUGCCACCCUCUCCACCCCUUCCAGCUACAGAUGGGACCACCGACCCAGAGAUGAAGAGCUGGCCUGAAGCCCGCAGACACUGCCUGAGCCAGCAUAGCGACCUCUUCAGCGUGGCCAACGAGACGAUGCAGGCGGCGCUGAUCGCUGCUGUCCGCGGCCUCCCCGGCGAGGCGGUGUGGAUCGGCCUGCGGAGACACUUGAUGUGGGAGUACUGGUACUGGGUGGACAGUGAGGAUCCGGUGCACUAUGCAAACUGGGACGCCGGGAAGCCCAGUGGCACUUAUGGGCAGCUCUGUGGAAUAGCCAUCCUGACAAAGAACUCCAGCUGGGGCAGCCAGUGCUGCGGGACGAAGCUUCACUUUGUCUGCCAGUAGCGCGGCCAUUGAGGGUCAGGCCGUCAUUAUGGUGCCCCUCAACUUGAGUGACCUGAAAUCCUGUGAUAGAAUUGAUAGGGCAAAUGGCAGUGUAAGGAGAGCCAAUCAGAAUCAUCCUGUGAAAGACUACCACAUGACGACAAAGUCUGUGAAAGUGAGACCCCCCAUACUCCCUUAUGGAGGACAGCGAGUGUCAAAUCAAAAAGAAUAAAUGAGCCCUUGAUUGGUCGAUGCCUGGCAUCACCUGUCCAGCAGAUCCCCUCCUCGUCAUUAGAAGUCGCCAUUAAGACAAGUAACCAGAACAGCUGCCAUGUCGUCCUUUUUAUUUUACGUAGCACUGUGGCACAGAUCUUCACACUGCCACUACACUGGUUCAAAUGCCACCCCUAGUCGCUCUCCCAGUGCUAUCAAUUGCACCUUCCAUCUUGUUUUUAAACCGCUUUCUAAAAUAAAUGCAUAUCAGUGGAAUUCAUUUCAA